UAUGCAUAGGAUUUCCUUCAUGGCUCCAUGUCACAUCGCUAAACAAGUUGUUAUAUCAUGUGUUACAUCAUGUUUCUUCAUUUGGAUAAUUUCUUUAGUGUUUUUAAUAUUUUCUACCCCACCAUUAUCUUUCCAUGGUUCAUCAUUAAAACCUAAUUUUAUAUAUUAACCAAUAUUUCACUAUAGCCUAAACAUUCUCCAAAAUUAUACUAUUGUCUCUUUUAUUUUCUAACAAUUUUAUCUCACUCAUUCCACUUCUUGAAAUUUCAUUAGCCCUGAGAGACAUCCAAAUAAACUAAAAUAAAUAAAAAAACCUUAUUGCCCUUAAUACAUAAUCGAGCUAACAUGACAUAUGAUAUAUAAGAUAAUUUUCUAAAUAAUAUAUUUUUGAUUAUAAUCUUUGAGAAAUAAAAGAUUAAUUGGACUAAAAACAUCCUUUUAAUGACCCGUUUAGGCAGCUUUAUUAUAAUAAUUAUUUUAAAAAUAAGUUGGCUUUUUUUUUUUCUUUUGUGAAAAACCUUAAACAGGGCUGCAGUUCGUGCUAGCUUGUGAGUUUUUACGGUUACUUUCACUCACAGUCACGGACUGUCUUUCCUGCAUCACAUAUUGUUUAAAUUUGGUAUGGUUGACAUGUUGCUAGGAAAUUCAGAUUUCUAUUCUCAUCAAUUGCUCAAUGUUACCCCCAUGCACCCAAAGCUGUCCACUUCCCCACAAAAUUCAAUAGCUAACAUAGUCAAAAAGUGCGUCACUCUGCUCCAAUUCUGCGCUUCCUGCAAAUUCAAGUUGAAGCAAGUCCAUGCUUUCGCCAUCAAGCAUGGCGUCCCGCUUUCCAACCCAGACUUGGGUAAACAUCUAAUUUAUGGUAUCGUUACACUCUCAGCUCCAAUGUCUUAUGCUCACAAAAUCUUUUCUUUCAUUCAAGACCCAAAUAUUUUUACCUGGAAUACAAUGAUCAGAGGCUAUGCCGAGAGUGAAAAUCCCAGCCCGGCUUAUGAACUCUAUAACAAAAUGCAAUAUUCUUGCAUUAAACCUGACACGCAUACAUACCCUUUUCUUUUGAAAGCGAUUGCUAAACUGUCAGAUGUUAGAUUAGGUGAAAUGAUACAUUCGGUUUCAGUAAGAAAUGGGUUUGAGUCAUUGUUAUUUGUCCAAAACGGUUUGGUGCAUAUGUAUGCUAGUUUUGGUCAUGUUGAAGAUGCAUAUAAAGUGUUUGAGUUAAUGUGUGACAAGGAUCUUGUGGCUUGGAAUUCUGUGAUUAAUGGGUUUGCUUCUAAUGGGAGACCCAAUGAGGCGCUUACCCUCUUUAGGGAAAUGUUUUAUGAGGGUAUUUCGCCUGACGGGUUCACUAUGGUUAGUCUGUUCUCAGCGUGUUCUGAGCUUGGUGCCUUAGCUUUGGGUCGGAGGGCUCAUGCUUAUACGACCAAGAUUGGGUUGACUGAGAAUAUGAAAGUUAAUAAUGCUAUUUUGGAUUUUUAUGCCAAGUGUGGGAGCAUUAAAGAGGCAAAGAAAGUGUUUGCUGAGAUGAAAGAGAGGAAUGUAGUUUCUUGGAGUUCUUUGAUAGUGGGGUUGGCUGUAAAUGGGUUUGGUAAGGAAGCACUUGAAUGUUUUAAGGAGAUGGAAACAGAAGGAUCCAUGCCUGGUGAAGCAACUUUUGUUGGUGUUUUGUACGCUUGUAGUCAUUGCGGGAUGGUGGAUGAGGGGUACAAUUAUUUUAAAAGGAUGAUAAAUGAGUAUGAAAUUAUGCCCAAGAUAGAACACUACGGUUGCAUGGUUGAUUUAUUGGGUAGGGCGGGCUUGGUGAAAGAAGCAUAUGAAUUUAUACAAAGCAUGCCAAUGCUACCAAACCCUGUUAUUUGGAGAACACUAUUGGGAGCUUGCACAACACAUGGCCAUUCAGCUUUAGCAGAGAUUGCAAGAAGAAAACUCUUGCAAUUGGAGCCUAAACACAGUGGAGAUUUUGUGCUCCUCUCAAACUUGUAUGCAUCAGAGCGACGCUGGUUAGAUGUGCAGAGAGUUAGGGGGACAAUGGUCCGUGAAAGAGUAAAGAAGACUCCGGGACAUAGCCUUGUUGAGUUGGGAAAUCAUGUCCAUGAAUUUUAUAUGGGUGACAGGUCUCAUCCUCAAAAUAAGGAAAUAUAUGCAAUGCUGGUAGAGGUCACAAACAAGUUGAAGCAAGAAGGCUAUGUGCCGGUUACUGAAAAUGUGUUUAUGGAUAUAGAAGAAGAAGAAAAGGAGAAUGCUUUGUCUUAUCAUAGUGAGAAGAUGGCUAUUGCCUUUAUGCUUAUUAACACACCACCAAUGACCCCAAUUAGGGUCAUAAAAAAUCUAAGAGUUUGUGCAGAUUGCCAUUCAGCAAUUAAACUCAUAUCAAAAGUUUUUUAUAGAGAGAUCGUUGUGAGGGAUUGUAGCAGGUUUCAUCAUUUUAAAGAUGGGGACUGUUCCUGUAUGGAUUACUGGUAAAUUGUGGAAGAGUUGGCAAUUGACAUUGAUUGGUUCUUUCAA